AUGAGUUCCAUUGAUUUCUCCUCUCUUGAUCUUGUGAGCCCUUCAAUGGCAGGCGCAUUACUUUUUAUAGUAAUGUCCGUUUAUUAUUUCUUAAAAGGGCAGUUGUUCCAAAUUCUUGGUACUAGAGCUCAUCGUAAACUUAAUAAACCACCGGAAGCAAGCGGAGCAUGGCCCGUGUUGGGUCACCUCAGGCUUUUCCGUGGUCCCAAACUUUUCCACAUAACAUUGUCUGAAAUGGCUGACAAAUAUGGCCCGAUUUUCAGCAUCCGUCUUGGACUUCGCCGAGCCAUUGUGGUUAGCAAUUGGGAGUUGGCCAAAGAACUGUCCACCACUCACGACCUAGCCGUGGCAUCACGUCCUCAAAUGCUAGCAGCAAAGCACUUGGGGUACAACUAUGCCAUGUUUGCCUUUUCCCCAUACGGGUCAUAUUGGCGGGAGAUUCGAAAAUUUGUGUCGUUGGAGUUGUUAUCUAUGCGGCAACUCAAUUUGCUCGGCCAUAUAAGGGUGUCCGAGACAAAAUCCUCAAUCCAACAACUUUAUAAGUUAUGGGCAGAUAAAGGUGAUGGUGUCAUGGUGGAGAUGAGACAAUGGAUCUCGGACUUGACAACAAAUGUGGUCUUUAAGAUGAUCUACGGGAAAAGUUACUCUGGGGACGAUGUUGACAUGGAGGAAGCCCGAAAGUUUCAAGGAAUUUUUAAAAAGUUCAUUCAUCUGUUUGGUGCAAAUGUGGUGGGGGACAUGAUACCAUGGCUUCGAUGGUUGGAUAUAGGUGGUCACGAGAAAUCCAUGAAAGAAACAUCAAAAGAAUAUGACCAUCUUUUGACGAAGUUUCUAAAUGAGCACAAUGAUCGCAGGGAACGUUAUGGUCCGGAUAAAACCAAUCGUGAUUUUAUGGAUGUGAUGAUAUCUAUGCUUAAAAAUGCUGAUAUAGAUAGUUAUGAUGCUGAUACAAUUAACAAGUCUACAUGCUCGAUUUUGAAUAUUGCGGGAGCUGACACCACCGCCAAUAUGGUUACAUGGACUCUUUGCUUACUCAUGAACCACCGCCAUGUGUUGAUUAAGGUUGAGGCAGAAUUGGACAUCCAUGUGGGCAAAGGAAGGAUCGUGGAGGAGUCUGAUAUUCCCAACUUGGUAUACCUCCAAGCUGUUAUCAAAGAAUCGCUAAGGUUAUACCCACCGGCUCCACUAGGAGGCCCAAGAGAAGUCACCCGAGAUUGUGUCAUUGGUGGCUAUCAUGUGGCUGCAGGGACAAGGCUCUUUUUAAACAUUUGGAAACUCCAACGCGAUCCUAAAAUAUGGUCGGAUCCAUUAGAAUUUCAGCCAGAGAGAUUCAUGACCACCCAUAGCAACAUAGAUGUCCAUGGCCAGAGUUUUGAGUUGAUUCCUUUUGGUGCUGGUAGGAGAGUGUGCCCGGGAAUAAAGUUGGCUAUGAAAAUGGGGCAAUUGGUGUUAGCUAGUUUGCUGCAUUCUUUUCAGUUUUCAAAUCUCAAUGAUAAAUUAGUAGAUAUGACUCAGACGGAAGGAUUGACAUUAUCCAAAGCUACUCCUCUUGAAGUGAUCAUCACUCCCAAACUUUCUAGUGAUCUUUAUGCAUGA